UCCCCAGGUCAGCAGUCAAGUUAUUUACAUAACCACUAAGUAAUUUCUUAAAUAAAAAUUAUGACAUCAACAGCCGUUAAAGCGUUGGGCGUAGCCAAAGAUGUAUCCCCCUUGUACUAUCGUAUAUUAUCGAAGUUUCCACAAAACUUCACAUUUUGCUUCGCCUAUGGUUCAGCAGUGAAGCCACAAAUCAGUAACCAGAAGAAACAGAAUAUGAUCGAUCUUAUCUAUUGUGUUGAAAACUCUUAUAGAUGGCACGGAGCCAAUAUUGAACAGAACCCUUCACACUAUUCAGCUCUACGGUUUCUAGGCAAAGGUUUUGUUGCAAGAUUUCAAGAAAAUUGGGGUGCUAAGGUUUACUUCAAUACACUUGUUGAACUGAAAGAAGAGAAUAUUACAAUAAAAUAUGGUGUUGUUUCACAAAAGAAUUUAAUUGCAGAUUUACUUGAUUGGAAUGACCUAUACCUGGCUGGACGUCUACAUAAGCCAGUUGAAAUUAUAAAACAAACCAAUAGUUCUCAAUUGCAAAAUGCUCUGCAGUCAAAUUUAAGAUCUGCUGUUCAUACAGCACUUCUUAUUUUGCCAGAAUCAUUCUCAGAAUAUGACUUUUAUUUUGCCAUUUCUAAUCUAAGUUAUGCUGGAGAUUUUAGAAUGACAUUUGGGGAAAACAAAAACAAAGUUAGGAAUAUUGUUCAACCUCAAUUGUCAAGUUUUCGUGAAUUGUACAGUCCAAUCUUGCAACAAUUUCAUGCCUAUGUUGAUUUUCCUAUGGGAGAUGCACAGUGUCACCAAGAUUUACAUCCAGAAACAAAAUUCCAUCAUCUCAUGCAACUGCCAAUGAUCCCACAGCAGAGAAUAGCAAAAUUUUGGAAUCAUGGUGGACUUCAACAGGAUAUGGAAGAUGUGCUCCGUGCUGUUGCAUAUGACAUAGACUGUGCUGUUAUAUUGAGACAAAUACUUAAAGAUAUAGUGUGGCAGUCUAGUGUAAGACAAUCUUUAAAGGGAAUCCUGACAGCAGGACUAUUAAAGUCAAUCCGUUAUAGUGCUAAAAAAAUAGCAAAAAUGUUUUAAUUAUAUAAUAGAACAAUUAUGUAUCUAACAUAUUUAUGUAAGCCAGACAUUAACGAAAAUAAAAUUAGUAAUUAUAAAUUAAA